UCUUUUUUUCCCUAGGUUUAUGCCCCAUCAGCCAGCACCGCCGAUUACAACCGGGAUUCUCCCGGUUUUCCAUCAUCCAAGCCGGGCGCCGGCUCCUUCCCGAGCUCUUUCUUCAUGCAAGAUGGACACCACGGCAGCGAUCCCUGGAGCUCUUCCAGUGGGAUGAACCAACCCGGCUACGGAGGGAUGCUGGGAAACUCAGCCCAUCUCCCCCAGGCCAGCAGCUACUGCAGCCUGCAUCCGCACGAGCGCUUGAGCUUUCCAUCCCAUCCCUCGGGGGAGCUCAACUCCAGCCUGCCCCCCAUGUCCACCUUCCACCGCGGUCCCAGCGCCCACUACGGCCCCACAUCCUGCACCCCCCCGGCCAACGGCUCUGAGCCAAUCAUGGGCAACAGAGGAAGUGGGGCAGGAGGAAGCUCCCAGACCGGCGAUGCCCUGGGCAAAGCCCUCGCUUCCAUCUACUCUCCAGAGCCCACCACCACCAGCUUCCCAUCCACUCCUUCAACUCCUGUUGGCUCUCCCCCUUCUCUGGCAGGCCCAGCUGUAUGGUCUAGGAAUGGAGGCCAAGCGGCAGCAUCUCCCACUUAUGACGGGCCCUUACAUUCCUUGCAAAGCCGCCUGGAAGACCGCUUGGAACGCUUGGACGACGCCAUCCACGUGCUCCGGAAUCACGCCGUGGGGCAGGCCCCAUCGCUGUCCGCCCCACACGGAGACGUACACGCGUUGCUCGGGAACGGAGCCCUGCCCGGAUUGGCUGCGGGUUACGGGGCGGGGCUUCUGGCGGCCAAUAGGCACGCGUUGAUGGUAAGGAAGGGGGCGGGGAUAAAGGGGGCCAAUGGGAACCCCUCGCUGGUCCCCAACCCCUCGGCCCCAUCGCCGGAGCUGAACCCCCCCCAGGAUCCCUAUAGGGCCCUCCCCGGCGGCCUCCAAGCCCCCAGCGUCUCCUCGGCCAGCUCGGAGCUCAAAUCCGAUGAGGAAGGCGACGAGAACGCCCGCGAUUCCCAACCUCUGGAAGAGCGCAAGCUGGACGACGACAAGAAGGAGCUCAAAGCCCUGCCGAGGUCAAGAUCUAGCACCAACGACGACGAGGACCUGACCCCGGAGCAGAAAGCCGAGCGGGAGAAGGAACGGCGCAUGGCCAACAACGCCCGCGAGCGCCUCCGCGUGCGGGACAUCAACGAGGCCUUCAAGGAGCUGGGCCGCAUGGUGCAGCUGCAUCUCAAGAGCGACAAGCCCCAAACCAAGCUGCUCAUCCUGCACCAGGCCGUGGCCGUCAUCCUCAGCCUGGAGCAGCAAGUGAGGGAGAGGAACCUGAAUCCCAAGGCGGCGUGCCUGAAGAGACGGGAAGAAGAGAAGGUCUCCUCGGAUCCGCCUCCGCUCUCCUUGGCGGGGCCCCAUCCCGGCAUGGGAGAUGCUUCCAAUCACAUGGGACAGAUGUAAAAAGGCA